AUGCUCCCACUCGCUGGGCAGCUUCUGUUCUUCCUGCUGGUGAUAGGCACAGGGAACACCCUGCCUAGCCUCCGGGCACCUCCCCGGGGCUGCUACGUGGCAGAGGAGGCUGGUGACCGGACAUUCCGCUGCAGCCAGGCAGGUUUGAGCGCCGUGCCCACUGGCAUCCCCAACGACACCCGCAAGCUCUACCUGGAUGCCAACCGGCUGGCAUCAGUGCCAGCUGGUGCCUUCGAGCACCUGCCUGUCCUGGAGGAGCUGGAUCUGUCUCAUAACAUCCUUGCCCACCUCUCAGGGGCUGCAUUCCAGGGUCUGGCAGGCACGCUGCGCCACCUUGACCUCUCUGCCAACCAGCUGGCCUCGGUGCCCCUGGAGGCCUUCGUGGGGCUGCAGAUCCAAGUGAACCUGUCUGCCAACCCAUGGAGUUGCGACUGUGCCCUCCAGGAGGUGCUGAGGCAGGUGAGGCUGGCACCGGGCACAGGAACCGGCAUCGUGUGUGGCCCGGGAGCCCGACCAGACCUGGUGGGGCAGGAGUUUCUGACACUGGCAGGGGAGGAAGAGUUGUGUGGGGUGGGGCGGGGUGGGGUCCGGAGGAGCACCGACGUGGCCUUGCUGGUCAUCAUGGGGGGCUGGCUGGUGCUCGUGGGCACUUAUCUGGCCUACUACAUGUGGCAGAACCGGGAUGAAACCCGGUGCCCCCUCAAACAUGCCCCCAUGAGGCAAGUGCGCUGCGAGGACUCCUCUACCCUGAGCACUAUGGUCUGA